CCGGGGCCGGCGGGCCUGGAUUUAAAGAGACAGCGGCUGUCGGGGCCCGGGCAGACGGUCGCCGGGACCCGCGCCCCGAGUCCUUGGGACCACUUGGGUCACCGAAGUCGGGGACAUGGUUUGCGGCGGCUUCGCCUGCUCCAGGAACGCGCUGUGCGCGCUCAACGUGGUCUACAUGCUGGUGGGCCUGCUGCUCAUCGGCGUGGCCGCCUGGGGCACCGGCCUGGGCCUGGUGUCCAGCAUCCGCAUCAUCGGGGGCGUCAUCGCCGUGGGCGUCUUCCUGCUGCUCAUCGCGGUGGCCGGGCUGGUGGGGGCUGUCAACCACCACCAGGUGCUGCUGUUCUUUUACAUGAUCAUCCUCGGUUUGGUCUUCAUUUUCCAGUUUGGAAUCUCCUGCUCAUGUCUGGCUAUUAACCGGAGCAAACAGACAGAUGUCAUCAGUGCUUCCUGGUGGGUCAUGAGCAACAAAACCCGGCAUGAAUUGGAAAUAAGUCUUGAUUGCUGCGGCUUGUUCAACCUCACCACCUUGCAUGAACAAGAGCAUACUUUCUGCGCUGCAAGCUGCACAAAAUGGAACACAUGCCAGUUAUGUGGAGAAAAGUUUCUUAAGCAUUCAGAUGAAGCCCUGAAAAUCCUGGGGGGUGUCGGACUCUUCUUUAGCUUUACAGAGAUCCUCGGCGUUUGGCUAGCAAUGAGAUUCCGGAACCAGAAGGAUCCGCGAGCCAACCCCAGUGCCUUUCUAUGAGACCCUGGAACUGUCUGACUGCUCUCCCUGAGCUGUCUCUUCCCUUAGGGAAAACCUCGGGUCUAUAACCCUUUUUGUUUGAGAAAAAGGAAAAGGCCCUUUGCCAUAUUCCCUAAAGGUGACGGAGUACCUAGGCUUUACGCCUGGAUGUAUUUCAGUGGGAACAAGGUUACACGGAGUACAGAAAACCUUCCCUCCCCCUAGGUGGGUAUGACAAGCUCCACAGAGUGCAUGAGACGGGAUGGGAGCGGAGACAUUGCUGGCUCUUUCUCCCCCCGCCCCCUUCCAUAUGCUGGGCCACCUGAGCACACCUGGCCUGCCUCCAAGGGUAAACAGACGGAGCCAGGGAGAAAACCACAAGGAACUCAUUCUCGUGAGGAGCAGGGCCCAGUUUGGGGAAGUUCAGUGACUAUAAAAAUAAAAGCCGUUUUAACUCCAUAUUCAAAGAAAAGCUCAAGUG